CCCCUUCCUCACUGUGAUAAAUAAAAAGAAAGGGUUCAUUGUAAAGCCCUUUUAAAGCUGGACCAGGGAUUAUAUCAACAUGUUGUUCCCAAUCCUCGUUGCGCUAGUUGCUGUUCAGCCCAGCUGUGGCUCCCUUCAAACGUACCAAUUCCAGGAGCCCAUCACCAACAAGCUGCUCACCUGCGACCGCUGUCCGCCCGGCUUUCACAUGUUAAAGCACUGCACCUCUGCAACGCCGACAGUGUGUAAGCCAUGCCCGCCAAACCACUACACACAGUACUGGAACUACCUGCCCAGGUGCCUGUAUUGUAGCACGUUCUGUUCGGAGAACCAGAGGGUCAAGGAAGAGUGUUCGAGUCAAAAUAACAGGGUGUGUGAGUGUGAAGAAGGAUUUCACUCGUACAACGGUUUUUGUAUCCGACACAAGGAGUGUCCUCCUGGACACGGGGUGAAACGAAGAGGCACGACUGAAACGGACACAGACUGUGAAAAAUGCCCCCACGGCUCCUUUUCCAGAAACUUCUCUUCGAGUGCCGGGUGCGCAAAUCACACGAAUUGUGCGUCUCUGGGGCGCAAGAAGGUUAUUAGAGGAACAUGUUGGCAUGAUAACAUUUGUGCCAAUUCCUGUGAAGAACUUAAAGAUGGAGGUGGAUUUCAACUCAUCAGAACAUUACUUCUUGACUUCUUUCAAUUUUACAAAAUGGGUAGGUCGAAGCUCGGGAAAUUAGUCUACAGGUUAACCAGGGAAAAUGGAAAGCCACCUAACAGACGCCUGCUGCUGAACAAACUACGGGACUGGUUUACGGACGCCACUGAAGGACAACUGAGGAGUCUCCCGAAGAUUCUCAGGAACAUACACCCUGCGUAUGCAGGUAGACUGGAGAGGAAAAUGCGGAUGUUGAAUGGCGCCUCUGACUGUAACAAGAAUAUAAACGUUACCCCACCCCCUCACUGCGAGGCCAACCUGGUUUCAUAAGGAUUACCCAGACUAUUUUAUGUACAUUUUAGCCAAGAUGUAUUAUGUUCAGUAAAAUAACUCACCCAAAUGUCACUGUUUUGAAUCACAGGUUAAACACUUUGUUAAAAAUUCAUCAUUAUUUAUACAUUUUCAUAGCGUUCGUAAAUAUCAGACGUUUGUCUGGCGUUUGUAAGAUAUGUUAAGUUUGAAUAAUUUCGUUCUGUAUCAUAUGUUUUGGUGGCGCAUUGUAAUGUAACCUAACCAAUCAAAUACAGUGGGGAGAACAAGUAUUUGAUACAC